UAAAGUAUGAGAGAGACAAAUCAAAGCCAGGUGACAGAAUUCUUCCUUCUGGGACUCUCUGAUGACCCUCUCACCCAGAAGCUGCUGUUCACCCUAUUUUUGCUUGUCUACCUGGUCACGGUGCUUGGAAAUCUGCUGCUCAUGUCCCUAAUAUGGAUUGACUCACAGCUUCAUACACCCAUGUAUUUUUUUCUCUGUAACUUAUCUCUGGAUGAUCUCUGUUUGUCGACCAUCAUAGUACCUCAGGUUCUAGCCCAUUUGCUAUCCAGGAACAAGAUCAUUUCAUUCACACGUUGUGCAGUUCAACUUCUACUGUCCCUUAUAUUUGGUUGCACACAAUGUGUCCUUCUGGCAGUGAUGUCCUAUGACCGAUAUGUGGCCAUAUGCAACCCUUUGCAUUACUCUAACAUCAUGACAUGGAAGGUAUGUGUCCAGCUGGCUGCAGGAUCAUGGACCAGUGGCAUUUUUGUAUCUGUGAUGGACAGCACCUUCACUAUAAAGUUACCCUACCGAGGGAGCAAUACAAUUUCUCAUUUCUUCUGUGAGGCCCCUGCCAUGCUGGAUUUGGCAUCCGCAGACACUCAUACAACAGAGAUGGUUAUUUUCCUCAUGGGGGUAGUCAUUCUCCUCAUCCCUGUUUCUCUAGUUCUGGUAUCUUAUGGACAUAUCAUUGUGACUGUGGUCAAGAUGAAGUCAGCUGCAGGGAGACUCAAGGCAUUUUCUACCUGUGGUUCCCAUCUCAUUGUGGUUACUCUCUUCUAUGGAUCAGCAACUCUCACCUACAUGACACCAAAAUCAUCCAAAGAACUAAAAAAAGUGAUGUCUGUGUUCUAUACAAUGGUUCCCUGCAUGAUUAAUUCUAUUAUCUACAGCUUGAGGAAUAAGGAUGUGAAAGGAGCUCUGAAGAAGAUAGCCACAAAGAAUUUUCCUUGCAGGCUUAUAAUUUUCCACUGA